AGCAGGGGAGUGUGAGUGCAUCAGCACCCGGGUCACAUGUUAGGUGGGUCAGUGAUGCAGAUGGAGGUGCAUGGCAGCCGCACCAGGCUCAGUCGCAGACCAGCAGGAUUCGGGCAAGGCUGCAGCCGGUAGCAGGAUGCUUUUCCCUAGCAGCAGGCAGGAGUCUCCCAGGGCCCCGUCUGAUGUGAACGACCUAGGUCUUGGCCUCCAGUCCCUUUACCUGUCUGGGCUGGACCGGAGCUGGAACAGCCCACUCACUGAGACCUCUGUCCCGGCAAGCCCCUCCAUGUGGGGUAGGACUGGCUACCCCCUGGGCAGCUUUCAAGGCAAGCCUCUUGGUUUCCCCACCCUUGAGCCUAUGGGCACCCCUGAGUUUCCGGACAAGUUCCCCGCCCGCGCAAACGCCCAACCAGAGUCGCACCCGCUCCUGGACUCCCGCUCCGGCAGCCCCGUGGACUCUGAGACCAGCGGCUUCAGCUCGAGCUCCGACCACCUCUGUGACCUGCUGUAUUCCCUGAGGGUCUCUCCCCCAGUGCCUUUCAUGAUGCCUAACAUGCCCAAGGAUGCCAUGAAGCUGGGGCCGCGUCUGGAGCAGGACAGCAUGCCCUUCACCCCCUCUCCCGGUGGCGGCUUCUCAAAUACCCUGCUCAAGCCCAAGCCGGGGGCCUCCUUACCCUUGGGCAGCCUCCUGGAUAGCCCUGACAGCUCCUUCAGCAUUGAGAGGGAUGCUCAGCUGCAUAAACAAGCUGCUGCUAUGACCAACCCCACCCUCACCUGGAGUGGGCCGCUGCCCCCAAAAAACCACAAGAAUCCACUGUACUCCUGCAAGGUGUUCCUCGGCGGAGUCCCCUGGGACAUAACUGAAGCUGGCUUGAUUACCACUUUCAGUGCGUAUGGCAAUCUCAGUGUGGAGUGGCCGGGUAAGGAAGAUAAGCACCCACGGUGCCCUCCCAGAGGUAAUGUGCCCAAAGGUUCAGAAGCGGGGUACGCGUACCUGGUAUUUGAGUCCGAGAAGUCGGUGCGUGGACUGCUUCAGGCAUGCACUCAGGACCUGUUCCCCCAUGAUGACUACUGCGAGUAUUACUUCAAGAUGUCCAGCCGAAGGAUGCGCUGCAAGGACGUCCAGGUGAUUCCCUGGGUGAUCUCGGACAGCAACUAUAUGCCCGUCCCCUCCCAUCGCCUGGACCCCAACAAGACUGUGUUUGUGGGCGCUCUGCACGGCAUGAUGACCGCAGAGGUUCUGGCCGGCGUCAUGGACGACCUGUUCGGAGGAGUGGUGUAUGCCGGGAUCGACACGGACAAGCACAAAUAUCCAAUCGGGUCUGGGCGUGUCACCUUUAACAGCCAGCGCAGCUAUCUGAUGGCUGUGAAGGCAGCAUUUGUGGAAAUCAAAACCCCCAAGUUUUCUAAGAAGGUCCAGAUUGACCCUUAUCUGGAGGACUCCAUGUGCCAAAUGUGCAAACUUCAACCUGGGCCAUUCUUCUGCAGAGAACAGGCUUGCUUCAAGUACUACUGCCGCCAUUGCUGGCAUUGGCAGCACUCCUCGGACGUCCUGUCCCACCACCGCCCGCUAAUGCGGAAUCAGAGGAGCCGGGACUCCUGCUAAGCUGCACUUGCUGUUUCUUGCUGUUUACUUGUUCACAAUGGCACUAUGCACAGUGUUGGUGUGAUGGGGGCUCCACUGGUAGGCAGUUUGCAGACUUGUGGCCACAGUUGGAGAGGAGGAUUGGUUCAGUCCAGGGCCCAGAAGGUGUUGAUGAAAAUACCUUCUCCUUGGUAAAGAAGCGCUUUUUCCCCCACCUCCCCCCCCCCCCUUUGGAUUUUUUCCAUUCCUUGCAUAUUGGUGAAUGAUCAUGAAAGUUUCAUUGCCUUUCACCUCGGCAGAUGCCAUACAGUGCCUUUAAAUUGUUUUCCCCCCUCCCCAAGUCGGCCAGCUGUUUUUUUCCUUUUUAGCCAGCUGGUGUUUUUUACUUUGAAAGGUGAGAGUUGGGCUUCAUUUAACCAGAUGCAUUUCAAACAUUUUUGCAUACUAAUUUUUACACGGUUUAAAG